AUGCUCUUCCAAUCCAUCUUCACCACUGCCGUGCUGUUUGCGGCUUCUGCCAUUGCCCUCCCCACCGAUCUCGAGGCUCGCCAACAAGCAACCCGUUGCGGUAGCACCAGCUACACUGCCGCACAGGUCCGCUCAGCCGUAAAUGCAGGCUACGGUGACUACCAAGCCGGCCGCACCUACGGCAGCAACGACUACCCCCACAAGUACAACAACUACGAAGGCUUUGAUUUCCCCGUCGCUGGCCCCUACGAGGAGUUCCCUCUGAAGACAAGCGGUGUUUUCACCGGUGGCUCCCCUGGCGCAGACAGAGUCAUCUUCAAUACCAAGGGUCAAUGGGCUGGUACCGUUACCCACACCGGAGCAUCUGGAAACAACUUCGUCGGCUGCACUGGUACUUCUUAG